GUACCAAAACAGGAACUGUCUUUGGACAUUGUGCGAAGUAGCUAGCAACGUUCAUAGCAACACUCUUUCAGUCUGAAAAUUGAACAUUAGUCAUAAUGGCGGAUCCUAGAAUACGGCAAAUUAAAAUAAAAACAGGUAUUGUUAAACGACUGGUGAAGGAUAAGAUGAUGUACACCAAGGAGGCCUCGCUCCAGGAGGAGAAGGUGGAGAAGAUCAAGGCUGAGGCUGGGUGUGAACAUGUCAUCAGGAAACAGUUGGAGGUGUUGCAGGAGUCCAGAAUGAUGAUCCCAGACUGCCAGCGUCGCCUCUCCAUCGCCCACGGCGAGCUACAGCAGCUGCUGGAAACCGAGGAAGACUUGGCCGAAUCAGCGGAGUACGUAGAGGCCAGAACCGUAUUGGACUCAGUGAAGCUUGAAGGAUGAUGUUCUCACACUGAGAUGCACCUCUUUAAUGUCCAUUCCAUUCGUCUGGGCUUGUUUGAAAACAUAGAGACAAACAGAAUCAGUCUUUUUUUUUCUUUUUUUUUUCUUUCGUUUUCCAAAGCCUUUUUUUUUUUUUGGGGUGGGGGGGGCAUAAUUUAUUUUUACGUUUAAGAACAAUGUGCCUACUGGUCUUGACAUGAUUCUGUGAUGUAAACAAUGCCACAAGUAUCCAAUAAACAUUCAACGGAA